UUUUUUUGAUAACUUGAACGGAAGAAGAGAACCCAGUUGCUUUUAGCUUGAACUCCACUUGUCAAGCUUUGUGUCAGCUCCGAUCAUAGGCAAGCGUGCCGACCAUCUUCUUGUCGGGUGAUACCAAGAGAGAGAGAGAGAGAGAGGGGCGCGUACUGAUGUCUGUGACUGCUGACCAAGAACCUCGGAUGCCCACCACGGCGGCCGGGACGAGCAGCGACGCCACCGCGCUAGGAGCUGGUUACCAGGUGUUCUUGAGCUUUCGAGGGCCCGACACUCGCCACGGGUUCGCUGACUACCUCUACCACGCCUUGGUCGGCGCCGGAGUCCGCGUCUUCAGAGACGACGAGGAGCUCCGCGUCGGGGAAAAGAUCGGCGGAGCGCUGCUGCGAGCGAUCGACGACUCCAAGCUCUACAUACCCAUCUUCUCCAGAUCCUACGCUGCCAGCAAAUGGUGCCUCCGCGAGCUCGCUCGGAUCGUGGACAACACGUCGAGAUCAAAGGGGAACAAGAAGAUACUGCCCAUUUUCUUCGACGUGGAACCCGAUGAUGUGAAGCUUAAGACCUCUCUGUACAGCGAUGCUUUAGUGGAGCAUCAGAAGAAAUUUCCCGACGAAGUGAAGGCGUGGCGAGAGGCUCUUGUCGAGGUUGAUAAAAUUAAAGGAUGGAACUUGAAAAAGAAUCGAGGCCAAGGAGAGCUUACGAAACUGGUUGUUGAGGAGGUGUUGGAUAAGCUCAAGACUAAACACAGAUAUGUGACUGAACAUCUGAUUGGAAUGGAUGACCGAGUAGCAGCCAUAAAAAAAUUGUUAGACAUCCAUGCUGGUGGUGUACGGCUUGUUGGAAUUUAUGGGAUGGGUGGUAUAGGUAAAACUACCCUUGCCAAUGUCAUCUUCAAUCAACUAUCUUCUGAAUUUGGAAACUGUGGAAGUUUCCUUAAUGAUAUCCGAGAAGAGUCAAAGAAGGAUGGGUUAGUCAAGUUGCAAGCCAAAUUAAUAUCCGACAUUGUUAAUUCUAGAGUUAUAGGAAAAAUUGAUGACAUUGGUUAUGGAAUGAGGAGGAUCGAAGAAACACUUUGCAAUAAGAAGGCUCUCAUUGUUCUUGAUGACGUUGAUAAGAGCGAACAAAUCGAGAAAUUGAUCGGAAGUUCUUUACAUUCGGGAACUAGAAUAAUUAUAACAACGAGGAAUAGAAGUUUGCUGCAAGUUAGGGGAUUUAAGUAUGAAAUUCUAGACUAUGAAAUGCGGGAGAUGAAUUCUAAGGAUGCGCUUCAGCUUUUCAGUCGGCAUGCAUUCUGUGGGGACUCUCCACCAGGUGAUUACAACAAGCUUUCGAAAGAAAUCGUUUGUGUCGCUGGAGGACUUCCUUUGGCUCUUGAAGUUAUCGGUUCAUUACUUUAUUGUAAGGAGGAAGCAAUAUGGAUAGAGACAUUGGACAAGCUAAGAAACAUACCAGAGAAGGAGGUCCAAAGGAAGUUGAAGAUUAGCUACGAUGUCCUUGAUGAGUUUCAACAGCAUAUUUUUCUUGAUAUCGCUUGCUUUUUCAUUAAUGAGGGUAUGAAUGAUCCAAUUUACAUGUGGACCGACUGCAGAUUUUUCCCAAAACGUGGAAUCGAAGUCCUUAUCAACAUGUCCUUGAUAAAGAUAUUAAAGAACAAUAAGCUUUGGAUGCAUGAUCAGUUAAGAGAUCUUGGAAGGGAAAUUGUUCGUCAAGAAAGUCCGAUAGACCCUGAGAAGCGUAGCAGGUUAUGGAUUAGAGAGGAGAUACUCGAUGUUAUAAGUUCAGAAGAGAGGAAGGGAAAGGUUCAAGGACUUGAUUUAGAUGGAAGGCAUACUCAGAUCUUACUUACAAAUGAAGAGUUUGAAAGGUUUCCGCAUCUAAGGCUCCUUAAAUUAUGCAAUGGAACCUUUGUUGGGGACUUUGCAAAUUGCCGUACAAAGUUAAGAUGGAUGUCUUGGGAUUCUCCUCCUCCAGAUGUUAUGGUGGCCAAUAUGUAUCUACAGAAUGUAAUUGUUCUUAAACUUUCUACCAAUCACUUCAAUGAUUCGGAUGUAUGGGGCCUAAUCAAGAUGGCAUGCAAAUUGAAAGUACUAUCUCUUCAAGAUUGUCCUAGCAUAACAAGAACUCCAAACGUCUCUGGAUGUUCUACUUUAGAGAGGUUGACUCUUCAGGAAUGUGAAAAUUUGAUGACAAUCGACUGCUCCAUUGGGAUGUUAAAGUGCUUGGUUGACUUGGAUAUUGACUGCUGCCCCCUCGAAGAGUUGCCUGAUGUAAUUGGAGGGCUGGUGACUCUUAAGCGCCUCUCUUUAAAGCGCUGUUUUAGGCUGAGGAAACUCCCCGAGUCUAUUGGUAAGCUAAGAUGCCUAUUAACUUUUGACAUUUCGUAUACCUCGAUUAAUGAACUUCCAGAUUCUGUUGGAGGGCUGCCGAAACUUGAGUUUCUAUCCAUGGAAUCGACAAAGAUAAAGGAACUCCCAAAACCUAUUCUUAAGUGGGCAUUAUUGCGUGAGUUGGAUUUGUCAUUUGCAAAAAUCAUUGAAUUACCUGAAUCAAUCGGAAAUCUAAAAAUGCUGAAAGUGAUACGGGUGGGUUAUAAUCCAAUAAAGAAGUUUCCUCAUGCUCUUGGAACAUUGAAGAACCUUGAAGAGCUACAUGCCCCUAGUUGUAAAUUGGAAGGUGAAAUCCCUACCGAAAUUGGAGAGUUGUCCAUGUUGAGAAUCUUCGUUUUGAGGUCUAAUGAAAGAGUUAGUGUGCCAAGGACAAUUGUUAUGCUUCCUCUCUUGCAAAUGCUGGACUUAAAUACGUGUAGUGAGAUUCAAGAAUUGCCAGAGCUUCCCUCUAGUUUGACCGAUCUAGUGCUGGAAUCCCGUUCUCUGCGAUUUGUCCCUGAUCUCUCAAACCUUACCAACUUAGUUAGAUUGGUCCUUUCUGAUGGAUCUCUGGUUAGAGGCACAACAAGCUUAAGAGAAACUUGUGACAUGCGAUGGCUACGGAGUUUUUCCAAACUGAAUGAAUUGAACUUAUGCCUGUUAAAUAUCCCCGCACCGCCUACAGAAUUGGGCUCCCUUUCUUUUCUGGAAAAACUUACUUUGUAUGGACUAGACCUGCAAUCCCUCACAGAGCUUCCAUCAUCUCUGUUAUACUUACGAGUUCAUAAUUUCAGCUCAGCAGGGUUACCCAUAUCCAACUUGAGAAAAUUGUCAACUUUCAGACUCUCACGAUCAGAGGUGAAGGAAAUUCUGCUUGAUGGGCUUCAUCAAUUGUCAAGUUUGAGUGUCUCGGACUGUGAACUCCUGGAGAGGCUAUCCUUUCCGUCAAGCAUAAAUGAAAUCUCUGUUAUUGGUUGCCCUAAGCUAGUUGAGAUUCAUUUUCCAGGUGUUUUGGAAUCGCUUGAGAGAUUGGGUAUUGAGAGGUGCGAAUCUUUUGAAAGGUCAAGUUUUCUGCUGGAGCAAGGAUGUGAUGAGCUGACAUUUUGUGGGGGGAGAUUGUCCCUUCUAUCAAGUGCCUUUAAGAAGCUGAAAGAAUUCAGUGUUGUAGAGUGCCCAAAGCUAGUUGAGAUUCAAGUUGUCGGUAUUCUGGAAUUAUUGGAGAUAUUUUCCGUGGAUGGGUGUCUGGCUAUGGAAAGAUUAGGUGGUUUAUCAAACUUAAAGAACCUCAAGUCGUUAAGUAUGAGAGAGUGCAGUGCUCUUCGAGCUGUUGAGGGCCUCGAUCAAUUGGAGUGCUUGUGUCGAUUGCUUGUUGGUGAUUAUGGAUCACUGGAAAGGUGGAUUGAUGUAUCGAGUGCAAAAAUACCAGAUGAGUGUGAGAUGUUAAUUUGGGAUUGCAGGGGUUCAUCAAGUGAGUUUUGUCCACGUAAAAUUGAGUGCGUCUCAUUCAAUCGCUACAGAGAGACAAUUCUUCUUGGACCAAACCAGCGUCCAUGGUAUAGAUUCCUAUGCUGUCUCUUAUAGCUCUAGGAGAUAUCGUUAUUGCUCCGAGGAGGAUGAGGAGUCAUGUCACUGAUUCCAUGCUCCAUUGGUUUAAGUAUCUCUUCCUUUUUAUUAUUGGUGUAGUAGGUCCUGUAGUGUAGCCCUUCAUAAGGAGUCCAUGGAAGCCUCAAUUUUGUUAGGCUUCUUUUUUCAAUGUGCUCUAAUAUGUGUCCAAAAUACUGACACUGUAUGUUCACCCAAAUAUUGAAAGAUUACAUUGGUAAAUGACUUUGUCAUACUUUAUAGGUGCAUUUUGCCAUUAUAUAUAUGAAAGUUCGUUCCACUGGUCAUGUUUCUGUUCACAACUUUUGUUUUCUGAAUCUCAUAACCAGUUUCUUGGCUUCUUUUUCUCAGUCAAGCUUUCCUUCAUCAAGUGUCAAGCGUUUGAAAGUAUUAUCAUUAGAGU